AUGUCGGCGCCCCAGGUGCUGUCGCGCAAGGCGAACGGCACACAGCCCGUGGCCGCCAGCAAGACAGCAGCCACGACAGCAUCACAACCUACAGCCACGGAAGCAGUGGCAACGACAACAAUCUUACCGGCCGACGAUGCUGGCAAGCCCGCAAAAACCAAACCGGUGCAGGAGGGCGAGAAGGUGGUGAUCCGUCGCCUUCCCCCCGGUCUGACCAAGGACGAGUUUCAGUCCAUCCUGGGAGACGAGUGGAAAGAAGGCAACGGCAAGAUUGGCUGGCUUUCCUUCCAUGCCGGCAAGGUGUCCAACGACCCCGCCUACGCAACCGUCCACGUCCUUGACCGGCAGCACCUCAACGCCCUAUCCGACGCCGUGCGCACGGCCUCAUGGUUCGACAACCGGGAAGCGUCGACCUUUAUUGGUCCCCCGUCGGCCGAGUUCUCCUUGUACAAAAAGGUGCCCAGCGGAAAGCGCCGUGUGGAUAGCCGGCAAGGCACUAUUGACCAGGACCCGGAAUUCAUGGCUUUCUUAGAGGCCCUGGCCAACCCAGCUGCUGCGGCUGGUGGCAAGGACGGCGCGUCGGCUGCAGAUAACAGCGACCCGUCCGCCGCAGGUGGCGGCGACGACGACGGCAAAUCGAAGAGCAAUGCCCAGUCCACACCCCUCAUUGACUUUUUGCGCGAAAAGAAGGCCAACAAGAGCAAGGAGGCGGCCCUGGCCAAGGCCGCUAAGCGCGACGGCAAGGGCAAGGGUGCGGCAGGUGACGAUUCAACCAAGAAGGGUCGCGGCUCCAAAGAUAAGGAUAGUGCCGGUGCCGGCAGUGGGCGUGGCGACCGCAAGGAACGGGAGAGCCGGUCCGGCCGGUCCAAGGGCGGCACAUUAAAGAUUCUAACAAAGAAAGCCGGAAGUGCAUCGGCCGCGCCUAGUGGCCCGACGCCGUCUACGGCCGCCAACAAUGCGCUGGCCGCCGCCGCGGCAGCACGCGACGAGGCACCCAGAAGCCGCCGUGCGGGCAUUCUGGCUGCUGCCCGCAUCCUACAGCGCGACCUUGGCCUCAGUCCGGGUAACGCUCACAGACGAGCGCGUGCCGCUGCUGCUGCGCAGGCCACGGCGCAAACUGAAGCCGACUCAAAACCCAGCGGAGCUACCACUGGUAAAGGGGACGGCAAGGGACAUAAGGACGACGGGACCACUGCGCCAGGCGCCGCCUCCUCAAAUACAACUGCAUCGGCCUCGAAGACAGCCACAGCCACAGAGGCUUCUGCACAAGCUUCUGGAAAUGCAAAAGGCGGGUCACGCGACGAGCGGUCCGCUCGCGGGUCGAGAAGCAAGAAGAACGAGUCAGGCAAGGGACGGGGUGGCUCUAAUGCGGACAAAGGGUCUGACAAUACAGCGCCUCCCGCACCAACACCUACGAAAAUUCUCUUGAAAAAGAAAGACGAUACUACAACAACAGCACCAUCCACGACUGCAAAUACGAAUGUACCUUCCCCUGCGGCAGCUGCAGGGACAGCGACGUCUUCUCCGGCCGCGACCAAGGCUGGCAGUGGCAGCAAAUCUGAGACCAAAGAGAAGGGAGGCAAGGCGGGUGGUGGUGAAGGUGGACGGGUCAGAAACAAGAAAGACGGUGGCGCCAAGCCGCAACCGGCACAGUCCGGAACGGGUGGACCAUCGGCGUCGCCCGGUCCCACGCGGGCUUUUGUCAAGCACGCAAAUCCGUCGCAGGGCGUGACCGAGGGAUUGCUCAAAGAAGCCAUGCUCGGGUUCGGCGCCGUGACCUUUGUCGAGAUUGACCGCCGCAAGGGAUUCGCCUUUGUCGACUUUGCCGAACCGGCCAGUCUUGCGCGGGCCAUGGCCGCAUCGCCCAUCGCGAUUGCGCAGGCCACUGUACAAGUGCUGGAGCGGAAAGACCGCGACGCGAAAAAGAGCGGCGGCAGUGGUGGUGGUGGUGGCGGCGGCGGUGAAAAGGGAGGCGAUCAGGGGCCGCCUGCCAAGAAAGCCGCCAACCAGUCAUCGGCUGCCGCCGGCGAUACGCCUGCCGCAGCAGCUGCUGCCGCUACUGCUUCCACGUCGGAUCAGGUGUCCGUCACUGGAAGUGCAGUGGGCGGUGCGGACUCUGCCGGCGCCGAUAGCAAACGGCCACCUCGCCGUCGGGGCGGACGCAAGCGCGGAGGAGGAGGAGGUGACGACGGCGAUGGGAAAGAAGGUGGCGGCGGAGGUGCCAACGGUGCCAACGGUGGUGGUGUUGGUGGCGGCGGCGGCGGCGGCGGCGGCCACCGCAACAGACGUGGUGGAAAUAAGGCGUCGGCUGAGGGUAGUGCCCCGAAAGCUUCUAAUUGA